AUGUCGAUUCAGGCUUACGGGAAAAAGUUCCCGAUCCUAUUGCGUACGCCGUCCCCAAGAGGGCAGGUCGAACUGCUGGAGACGAUAGGGAAAGGAAACUACGGAUAUGUGUACAAAGGGAGACUGACGGCCACGAAAGAGAUCUCCGCCGUCAAAGUUGUGUUUCUGAAGGAAGAUGAAUUACGCGAAACGCUGCUGGAAAUGGAGAUUCUGAGGGGAUGUGACCAUCCGAACAUAACUCGGUAUAUGGGUUGCUUUUUGAAGGGCUUGGACCUUUGGAUUUGCAUGGAGUUCUGUGGUGGUGGCGCCUUGGAUUCGAUAUAUAGAGCCAUUCGAAAACCGCUGACUGAGGAUCAGAUUGGAUCGAUCCUAUACGAGUCCGUAAUGGGUCUUGACUAUUUACAUACGAAGGUCGCUCUAAUUCACCGUGACAUCAAAGCCGGAAACGUGUUGUUGACCGAGCAGGGAGAAUGCAAGCUUGCUGACUUCGGAGUGUCUGCCAAACUGAGCAAUGUCGGUGGACGGGCUCGCACGUUCAUUGGAACGCCGUACUGGAUGGCUCCCGAGGUCAUCAUGACAGAUCCAGAAAGCGCAACCCAUUCCUCCGCCUCUUAUGAUGCAAAAGCAGAUAUCUGGUCAAUCGGCAUCACCGCCAUCGAAAUUGCGGAAAAAAAUCCGCCAUUAUCCGAUAUUCACCCAAUGCGAGCUCUCUACUUGAUUCCAAACUCAGAUCUAGGCCUUGCAAAGCCGAAGAACUGGUCAAAAACAUUCCAGGAUUUCAUUGCAGUGUGUUUGAUCAAAGACCCGAUCAAGAGACCAUCGGCUGCUCAGCUACUGCAGCACCCGUUCAUGGUCAAA